AGUGAGCAUGCGCAGAUCCCUGGCAGGUUACACGAGUUUAUUUUCAGCCUUUUUCUUGGAGACGAGGUUAUGAUGGUGUAAACUAUCUAUCCUCAAGGCUUCUGUUGAAUAUAAUAAUGAUUUUCCUAAUCACUCUGAGAUAAAACCUCUGUGGAAACGUCUCCGGGACAUCGCGUUGUGGAAUUUAGCGGUGACAUGUGAAAUGUUGCUGCGUGGUUUGUUGGUUUUUCCAGGCGGUGACGGACAGACCAAGCCAGGCUAGUUUAGCUAACUAGCUGUUAGCUAAGCAGCUGUGCUCAGCUAGCUCUCGUUGGCCUUUCUGCCGGCUGAGUGUGUUGUAGGGUCGACGCAGUAUUUACCACUGGUGUAAGCUUCCACAGCGGUUCUUUUUGUCGGAUACAGCUUGCUAACUGUGGCGGUUUGAUUGAACAGCCAGCCUGGGCGUCUGUGCUGCUCGGCUAAUGUUAGCUCCUCUGGAAUGCUGGGCGCAGUGAAUGACUGAAUCUCGCCUCAAGCUACAAAAACCAUCGUCACAUAUUCGUUUUGGCCUCUACCUCAGUCAUUAAUAGCAGACACGACUAAACCUGCGCUGAAAUGUCGUGCUAAUGCGUGCUAUCUGUUAACCGGGAGCUCACGUCGCACUACAGAAGUCGUAUUGUUUUGCCUGACAUGGCAGCCGGCGGAUACUCUGACCUGAGGGAGAAGCUGAAAUCCAUGACUCCACACAGAGACGAGUACAAAAAUAAGUACGUGGACGGGACGAGUAACGGCAGCGGGAAAGGUCGAAAGCGUAAGUACCGAGAGUCCGACGAUGACGACUACGAGCACAGCGACGACAGCUCGGAGCUCCGGGAGCAGGAGGCCCGGCGAGUGAGGAGCAGCAUCCUCCAGAAGAGCAUCUUCAGCCCGGAGGAGUGCGCACUCAUCGAGGAGAAGAUCGACGAGGUGGUGUCCAAAGGAGAGGCCGGCUUGUACCGUGAACACACCGUGGACAGGGCGCCGCUCCGCAACAAAUACUUCUUCGGGGAGGGCUACACGUACGGAGCCCAGUUGGAGAAACGUGGACCGGGUCAGGAGAGGCUGUACCGGAAAGGAGAGGUGGACGAGAUCCCGAGCUGGGUGCAUGAACUGGUGAUCAAACGGCUGGUGUCCAACGGGGUGAUCCCGGAGGGGUUUGUCAACAGUGCGGUCAUCAAUGACUAUCAGCCCGGUGGAUGCAUUGUGUCACACGUGGAUCCUCUGCACAUCUUCGCCCGACCCAUCGUCUCCGUGUCCUUCUUCAGUGACAGUGCUCUGUGUUUCGGCUGCCGCUUCCAGUUCAAGCCCAUCCGUGUGUCGGAGCCGGUGUUUGUCCUGCCGGUGAGGAGAGGGAGCGUCACAGUACUCAGUGGCUACGCUGCAGAUGACAUCACCCACUGCAUCCGCCCUCAAGACAUCAAGGAGCGCCGCGCAGUCAUCAUCCUUAGGAAGACCAGACCUGAUGCUCCUCGACUGGAUUCAGACAGUGCUUUAAGCUCCUCCCCUCCAGAAAGACCUGUUCCUCUAAAAGCCAAACGUUCACAUCGCAAAGCAGACCCUGAUGCUGCUCACAGGCCACGGGUCCUUGAGAUGGACAAAGAAGAGAACAGACACCCGUCGCUGUCCCGCCAACGCCGCCAUAGCAUCAGCUCAGAGAACUACUGGAGACGUGGGCAGGAUUACAGCAAACACAGAGAGAGUUCAGGACGCAAAGUUAAAAUGAGACGCCAUUGAGCUGCACCUAUGUCAUUCACACCCAUGUAAACGUAUAAAUAUCAGUUCUUUUAUGGAUUUCCGUUGUGUCACAUACCUUUUUAAUCGGCUUUCAUUUUCUCGCUCAUGCUCUAGUUUGACACCAGGAGCAGAAUCUGUUGUCUGAAUUUUGAUUUGAUUUUGAUUUCAGAAACGGUUUGAGUUUUACGCAGACAAAGCUAGCGGCUCUCGCACACACUACAGAACUUCACGUUACUGACUUCAGUUAGACUUUUUGUUUGUGUUCAUAGAUGACUCACAACGGCAUGUAUUUUUUGUAACAGAGAUGUACAGAUGUUAAAGACGCAAGAGGAAGUUGUACUUAUGGACUUGUACAUAAGAAAACCAGAGCGGAGCUGCAGUCAAACAUGUUAUAAUGUACAAUAUAUUUGUAUAGUCUUUGAUUGGGGAAACUUUUAUGCAGAUCGAAACCUUAAUUUUUUUGCACCUGCAAUUCUGAUCCAUACCACAUCUUUGUUCUCUCCUCUGUCGCAGUUUUUACAUUGCAAGAGCUGUCAGACAUUUGCCCCUGCUUUCUGUUAUGAUUUAACUUAGCGGUGGCACAAUUUAGUAAAGGUCACAGUAUGUUUUAUCAACUAAACUGAUGCUUUAUGGAGUAAAAGCUCAGGCCUUGUUUUAUACUCCUAUUUCAGUAUAAAGUUGCUUUACCGUAAUGAAAGAGGUGGUUGUGGUUGUUACCAUUCUGUACUGAAUCCAAGUUUUCCUCAUUUAAAUCAUAAACUAUACAUGAGAAGUGGA